GCUGCGGGUAGUGGAAAAACUAAUUCAAAAUCAAGUGUCAAAGUGUACGGUUGUAUUCCAUGGGCGCAAUAGAGCAGCAAACUCAUAUACAAGAUGCCGGCUGGACACCGCUGUUACUUGUGAUCUGCGUGACUGUUACAAUAGGUACUACUGUACCUGUGGGCUAUUUCUUUGGCGUGCUCAAUGCGCCCGCUGCUGUCAUCAAGCGCUGGUGCCAUGAGAUUCUGGACAGCGAAUAUGACACAGAGAGCGAUGCAGAUGACUUAAAUCUGUUGUGGAGCUUUAUAGUCUCUGUUUAUUUGAUUGGCGGCAUUUGUGGCUCCUGCUUUGGCGCUUGGUUUAGCAACAAAUUCGGACGCAAGGGCUGUCUGCUUAUUAGCUGCAUGUUGCUGCUGAUCAGCGCUUUGUUGUUUGCGUUUUGUCGCGUCACCAAGUCGCUGGAGCUGCUGAUGCUUGGACGCUUUGCUGGCGGCAUUGCAUCUGCUUUAAUCUUUACCGCACAGCCUAUGUAUCUGUUGGAGCUGGCGCCGAAUAGCUUAAGCGGUAGUGUGGGCGUUUUUACCUGCAUAGGCGUUACCGGUGGCAUAUUGCUGGCGCAGCUGCUCACCUUGCCGGAGCUGCUGGGCAAUGAGCAACUUUGGCCACAUGCUUUAGCUGCUUAUGCAUUGCUGGUGCUGCUUUGCCUGCUGCCACUUUGGCGCUUUCCCGAGAGUCCACGUUGGCUGUAUUUGAUUAAAGGCGAUACUGCUGGCAGCGAGGCAGCGCUGCAGCGUCUGCGUGGCAAGCAGGCGUGUGUGCAACAAGAGCUGCAACAGCUACAGUACACACAAUCCAACAUGAACAAGGCUCAUACGCUGUCUCAGGCUCUGCGCGAAACGCAGCUGCGUUUGCCUUUGUUGCUAGUUUGCAUUCUCCAAGCCUCGCAGCAGCUCAGCGGCAUUAAUGCGAUCUUCUUCUACUCACUGUCCAUUCUCACUGAGGCGGGCUUUAGCGCCAGCUUUGCCACUUGGCUAAAUCUUGGACUUGGCAGCUUUAAUCUCUGCGCCUCCUUGCUGAGCCCGCUGCUGCUGCAUCGCUUUGCACGUCGUCCUUUAAUUUUUAUCUCCUGCGCUCUAUGUGCAUUCAGCUUACUCUGCAUGUCCUUUGCUCUAUAUUUUAUGCUUAGCACGCAGAGUUUAGCGUUGCGUUAUGUCUGCAUAGUCUUUAUACUGCUUUUUAUACUCGGAUUUCAGCUGGGCCUAGGACCUAUAGCCUUCUUUAUAGGCUCCGAGCUGCUGGAGGAUGCAGGACGUCCUGUGGCCAUGUCUGCGGGCAGUUUGUUCAGCUGGCUGGGCAACUUUCUUAUUGGCAUGUGUUUUCCACUGCUCCAAAGCGUCUGGAGCAGCUUUGCCUUUCUACCUUGCAUGUGUGUUUGCAUUUUCUGCUUGCUCUUCAGCUGGCGCUAUUUACCCGAGACUCUUGGCCGCGAGCCCAAGGACGUGGCGCCGCUUAUGAGCAAAGGUCUGCGCUCUAAGGUUAACUAAACGAGGUCUGUAGUAGCGAACUAAU